AUGAGAAACACGAAAAUAACAUUUCAAUAAUUAUAUAAUAUAUAAAAUAUAUUAAUGGAGUUUUAUAAAUCAAUUGCUGUCGCGACAAUGCGUCGAUUCUCAUAUGAGAUGUCACUGUUAAAGAAUUGCGACAUGAUAUAAAAAAAUGUAAUAUAUGUGUAUAUAGUUAAAAUGGGAUAAUAGUAUAUUAAAAUUUAAAAUAAUAUAUUUGUAAAUACACGUUAAUUUAUCUUCGAUAAUUCAAUCUAAAUGUUAAGAAUUUGAAAUUUUAUGACGUAAGUAGAUCUAUAACUGCUCUAUAGAACGUUUAAAUGAAGCACAGUGGUCAGGUGGCGCCUGACAUGAUGAACUUGAAACUGUAUAGCAGUUGCUCAUUCGAUCACCAUGCACCGACUGAGUGUCAACGUUUUGCUCUUCUUGCUCUUAUCUCGACAGCAUCUUGCAACAGAAACCAUAGAAAGGGAACCUUUAUCAAAAGAAAGAAACGAAGCUAAUAAAAUUCGAGAAGAGUGGUUUCAAAUUAUACAAAAACCAAGGUUAAAGUAUAAUGUUUAUUAAAUGCGGCUAAAUGGAUAAAUUGAGUCAACAAAUAAUAAAGAUAGGAUUACUUUGUGGAAGUAAUCCUUUCUUCAAAGGAAAGAAUUGAAUAAAGAAUCUUUGAUGGCUGCAGCAGGAAAGUAAACAUCUAACACGAUUAUCUUCGCUCUAAAAAGCUUUAUAAAUUAUUGCUUUAUUAUCAAAUGAUUUAUUAAUAUUGGAUGAUUUGUUGAGAGAUUAUGAUAGAAGAAUCACUCCAAAUCAUAAGCAGACAUUACCGACAGUUGUUAAAUGCGAAUUAUAUUUAAGAAGUUUUGGAGCUGUGAAUCCGGCAACAAUGGAUUAUGAAGUUGAUUUAUACCUUAGACAACGUUGGACGGACAGGAGAAUGCAAAGCACUAAUUUCAGUCGUCCACUCGAUUUAAAUGAUCCCAACUUGAUCCAAAGAGUAUGGAGACCCGAUGUAUACUUUCCAAAUGCUAAACAUGGUGAUUUUCAAUAUGUGACUGUGCCAAACGUUCUCGUUCGCAUUUAUCCUACUGGCGAUAUUCUUUACGUUUUGAGAUUAAAACUAACGUUCUCCUGCAUGAUGGAUAUGGGAAAAUAUCCUUUAGAUUCUCAAGUUUGCACUAUAGAACUUGCUUCAUUUUCAAGAACAGUGAAAGAAGUUGAAUUACAAUGGUUGAGCGACAAUGCCGUAUCUAUGUACGAUGGAUUGAAAAUGGCACAAUUUGAACUGAAGAGUAUCAAACUUUCACGAUGCAAAGAAUCUUUUCACAUAGGAGAAUAUAGUUGUCUUCGUGCAGAACUGAAUUUGAAACGGUCCGUUGGCUAUCACGUAGUUCAAAGCUACCUUCCUUCAAUUUUAAUCGUUUUUAUUUCGUGGGUAUCAUUUUGGUUAGAUGUCGACGCUAUCCCAGCUCGAAUUACACUCGGAGUUACAACACUUCUGACUAUAUCUUCGGAGAGCACUGAUCAACAAGCCAAUCUAGCUCCUGUUUCCUAUGUAAAGGCGCUUGACAUAUGGAUGGGAAUGUGCACUACUUUCGUCUUUGCUGCUCUUUUGGAAUUCACAUUUGUUAGUUAUUUGGCACGAAAAAAACAAUGGAAACACAUAUACGAGCGACAGAUCAAAAUUACUGAAUCAUUAUUAUCGGAGAAUUCUAACUGCAACAACUGCGAAAAUUCGAACGAACCAAUUAAACCGAUGAGCAAGAAAAUAUUUCUUACAACAAGAACAAUUGCAAAACGGAUCGAUAAAACAAGCAGAGUUGCUUUUCCUGUGUGCUUUUUAUUUUUUAAUGUCUUUUAUUGGCCUUAUUACUUAACAUAAUCAUUGCUUUCAAAGAAAAAAAUAUAUAUACAGUAUAUAACAUAAUAACAUAAUACAAUAUGUAUUUAGUUAUAAGUUAGUUUGUUAAUUUAAUGUUAUAAUAUGAUUGAACGUAAAUAAAAUCUAAUAAAACAGAAAAAAUUCGUUACAGUCUUUAGUAUUAACAACUUUUGAUACAAAAUGCAAAAAUUUUAAGUUGAAUUAGUAGAGGAGAAGGUGGUAUUAUGGAACCCCAAUUAUAUUUUAGUGAAUUGUAAACAAGGUAUCGUAACUACACCCACAUU